CUGCAUAAUUAGUAUUAUAAGCUUGCUUAAGUUAUGGGAGUAGUACGUUCAGAGAUUUUCUUAUUAGUAGCAGUUUCAAAUUGAAUAAGCGAUGUAAGAAUUAAUUUAUUGUAGAUCAUUUUAAAAUUUCACUCGUGGAUUUUUACGAAUAAAUAUAAUUUUAUUUGCCUUCCUUAUGAAUCACUACAGAUUUUUGCCCAAUACCUUCGAAGAAUCAUACUGCAUUGGUUCCCCGAUGCACCUAACGCACACAUUAGUCAACGAGUGGGACAACUAUGGAGAAAACUAGAUUUAAAAAUGCGUGAUAAAUACAUGGAUGAAGCUUUUCGUUUGCAACAAUUACAUGCCAUAGAAUUUCCUGACUAUAAGUAUAAACCUAAAAAGCGUGCACGUAAUGUAAAUAGCGAUGACAACAAAAUUGAAGCUGAUGAACGUGUUCCCAAGUCAGAAAUUGUCAUACCAAUUAUAUCAAAAUCGAUGACAUCUAAUAAUAACAAUAAUUCCAAAAUGCAUCAUGAGAAUGUUACAUUUCCCGUUGAUCAGAAUUUUUCCACUAGCUUAAACAAUCAAAAUUCUGACGAAAAACAUCCUCAAAACCAAACGCCGAUGAUAAUUGGACAAAACCAAAGCUCUACUGCUAACUCCAUCACUUGCUGCAGAAAUUACUUACAAUCAAAUUCACAGGUAAACAAUAAGUUGAAUAUGGAAUUAUACCAACCAGUAAAAGUAGAUUAUAAUUAUUCCAAUACAACACGUGUUGGCAAUCCAUAUGACAAAAGAGUGUUUAUAUCACCUGCUAUAAAUGACAACUAUAUUUCUAAGGAAAAUGAAGAAGUCGACGAAAAAAUGACAUUAUUAGUUUCUGAUAGCGGGGACAUCGAACAUGUAACUUGUCAGUUGCAUAAAAUCAUACCAUGUCAAACUAUUGACGGAAUAACUGAAUUCCUGAUAUUACCAUCGUCACUAAGCCAGGAAAAUCAAAUUAAGGAAAUUCGAAUCCUGAAUAUGCACUCGCCGACUGUUCAGCAACUUGCAAAUGAACAGCCAAUCAUAUAUCAUACUUUCCUGUGUGAACCUCUCAAGGCGACUGUUAUUAGACAAUCUACAGUAAUCCCAAUUAAAACAAAUUCCUCAAUGUUAAAUGGCAUGCUAUUGGAUACUAAUAUGACUAAUUUAAGUUUUCAGCCAUUUGUUACACAAACAACUGGCAGCACUACAUCAUACUUAUAUCCGAAUUCCUAUAAAAUUGGAUUUAAUCAUGAUAAAGUAAAUCCUUUGUCAGAAAUCAGUCUAGGAAAUAUUCAAUCUCAAUAUGGCAACUUGCCAAGCACCUGUAACCAUAAUUUAAGCUAUCCAAGAGAAAAACUGAGUACAAAAUAUGUUAGAAAGGACAGUCAGUCGUUAAAUUUUAAACAGGGUAUUGGUGAUAAAAGGAAGUCUGCUGCUACGGAUUUAUAUGGUGGUGAUGAAAAAUUCCUGGGUAUGUUAUCCAGUCGUCAUACAAAUACGUCCCUAUUCGUGGAGAGCCUCAAGUCAAAGUGUGAAAACGACAAUGUUGACACAGCACUCAGUUUUAAUGAUAUUGAAACAUGCAAGUCAGGAACUUCUCUUGACGAACUUGAACAGAUCACUUUGUUUUCUUGUGAUAGUAAUAACGAAUUCUUACAGACUAUAGACCCUUUGAAUCUACCGACUGAGAACUCCCCAUUGGCUUUACAGUCUGCAAGUAUAAACAACUGCCAGCAAACAAAACUACCGCCUAAAGACUCAGCCUUACGUACAGAUACCUUCACGCACCCUAACGGCUUGCCAAGUAUUGAAUCAUGGACAUUUGGAGCAUCAAAGUCUUUCCAACCAAGUUGAAAUAUUUAUUUUGGCUUUUCUUAUAGAACUCGUAUUGUUUUUGAUAAAAUACGUAUAUCCUACUUUUAAAAUUGAUUUUCGGAGACAAUUUUCCUUUUAAUACAAAUGAAAAUGAAGACGAAUAUGAAAAUACUUUCUCAAUUAUUUUCCACUUUAUAGUUAUUUUUGAAUGAAAUGAGACCCACUUUGCUUUAUUUUCCUUAUAUGAUUAACUUUUAGUAAAUUAUUGACUGAUAAUUUCGAAUAUUUAUUGCCAUCUGCCAAUUGGUAGACAGACGGAACAUAAUAUGCUGUUUAUAAUAUAAGUUCUUAUUUUAUGAGAACGACUGUUGAUUUACUGAUACGGAAAUGUUUGAUCUUACUUCAGAAGUUCAGGCGAUCACAAUCCUGAUUAGAAUAUCAAGGUAUAGAAGUGGAUUAUUAUUAAAUCAUGAGUAGUAGUUUUACAAAGGUACUUAGUAUAAGUCAACUUGGUGCUAUGGAAAUAGAAUUUUCAAGCCACUACUCUGACAAUAUAUUCAGUCAAGUCCAGUUGCGAAAAUCUGCUGGGUAGUUCAAGAGUUACAAAAUUUAUGGAAUGGUCUUUGUGGUAAGCAAGAUGGUUUGCCGAACUAUAUUAUAGUUCAAAUGAAGUCAAAGUGAGUUUCUUAGAUUAGGAAACGAUGUACACCAGUUAGUAAUGUGAUUGCUUUAUUAGAAUAACAAGAGCAUGGCUUACAUCAGAGCUUCAAUGCUGAUUGGCCAUAUUUAAAACUGUCACAUUAGACGUGAAUUGUUCGCUUGGUGCUAAUACUUUUGUCAAAUGAGUCAUAUAACUUUCGGCAGAACUAAUUUGCAUGCUCGUAGUAUACAACAAAAGAAUUAUGGGCUCUGGAAUGUACGUCCUUCAUGCGUCUAACGGUUCGCUGUGUUGGUCUGUUUACCCUUCCAAUCUUUCGUGUUUGAAGUUCAGUAUUCCCCAAACAUUCAUUACACAGCCUGGCAAAAAGGGUCUCGAGUGUCUGAAUUAUAAAGGAUUGGAAAGCGAAUCGUAAUCAGACCAAUUAUCCAGGACGGAUUCAUGAUCCCCAUACCGAAUUAUCAAAUUGAUAUGAUUAUACUUAGAUAAACGGCCCAAAAAUUGACAGGCUUCGGUAUACGAAGAAAGGUGAGAACUAUCACCCUUAUUACCACAGUUACAAACAUUUAGAUCUAUGAACUGUUCAACUGUCGACCCUAAUACAUGGGGUAGUACUAGAUUAUCAAAAUAGUUAUGUAAUAGGCACUUCACUACAGAAGGCAACAUUUUUAAGAUUUUUCCCCAUCACUACAAAACAAAUAGUAAAAACAUUCUUCUACCAAAAUUAGUUGAUUAUU